AUGGGAGAGCUUCAGGACUAUCAGUAUGCAAGUGAAUCAUUGAAUUGUUUUCCUACAUAUGAGGAUUACUUGGACUCGCGAUUAAGCGAGACUGAUCGCUUUUAUCUUGAAGAUGAAGAACUUGCUCGACAGCUAGUGGAGUUAGGCUAUCGUGGAAGUGGCGAGACAUUGCGUCGUGACGAUUUUGAGGCGAGGAAGAAAGCCGAGCGAGAGCGCAAUACACAUAAAGCAAGUGUUUUGAAGCCUCUCGCAAGUGCUGGAAAAGAUUUGUCUCAAUAUCCAUUCUUGGCAGCUUUAGCAAGUCGGGAAGAUCUCGUUCGAAAUGGAAAAUUAACCUGUAUCAUUUUUAUACGAGACAAGAAUGUGAAGGGUCAAGAGAUUAGCGGGUAUAUCGACUACGCAUUGCGUCUAAAGACUGAGCCAUUUGAAUUGUAUUUCGAACAAAAGAAAAAGUUGCUACCAAAAUCUUCAGAUUUGAGCUAUUACAAUUGGGAAACUCAGACGUCGACUUCAAACUCAACGCCAAACUUUCAAGUGAUUGCUGAUAGCGAAACGGGUCUCUUGUUUAAGAAUAAGCGCGACAGGAAAGUCGUGAAUGUUGAUCCAAAAGCAAAUCCAGGGGACAACUCAACACGCACAGAGAUCAAGACAAAAGAAUAUCUUCAAGUUGUACUUUACGAUCAUAUGACUCGUCGCAAGACUUAG